ACAGCGUGGACAUAAAACCGCGGUGCUUGCCCUGACGCGGUGGGUGCAGAGUGCCAGCUGGGGCCCCGCGUUGGAUUCCACUUAGUCUUUGGAGGGUUUGACUGCAUGGUGCCUUUCGUCUCCGGGAACACACAUUCAACACACAAGUGACUCAACGUCUCCUCCAUCCCUUCAUUUCUCACCCGAGCUAUUGCAUGUCUAACAUUUAGACAUGUUCAGCUUUGUGGAUUCAAGGACUCUUCUGCUACUUGUAGCAUCCCAACUUAUUUUACUGGCUGCUGUCAGAUGUCAGCAAGAGGAGGGCCAGACGAUCAGCGCUAGGGGUCAAAAAGGUGAACCAGGUGAUAUUGCAGAUGUUGUAGGACCAAGAGGACCAGCAGGCCCUAUGGGCCCCCCAGGUGACCAGGGAGGACGUGGACCGGCUGGUGCAAAGGGUGACAAGGGAAACGCUGGACCUCGUGGAAGGGAUGGAGAGCCUGGGAUUCCCGGAAACCCUGGACCCCCUGGCCCAGCUGGCCCAGCUGGACCCCCUGGACUUGGAGGGAACUUUGCUGCACAGAUGUCUACAGGCUUUGAUGAGAAGGCUGGAGGUGCUCAGAUGGGAGUGAUGCAGGGACCAAUGGGUCCAAUGGGUCCCCGUGGUCCUCCUGGACCAAGCGGAGCCCCUGGGCCACAAGGUUUUCAGGGUGCCCCUGGCGAGGCUGGAGAGCCCGGUCCAGCUGGAGCAGUGGGACCCCGUGGGCCACCUGGACCUUCAGGAAAACCAGGAAGUGAUGGUGAGAGUGGCAAACCUGGCAAAGCUGGUGAGCGUGGACCUGCCGGACCUCAGGGAGCUCGUGGAUUCCCCGGAACUCCUGGCCUUCCUGGAAUCAAAGGACACAGAGGACACCCUGGACUAGAUGGAGCGAAAGGAGAGAACGGUGCUGCAGGAGCAAAGGGAGAGUCUGGUUCUUCUGGAGAGAACGGUGCCCCUGGACCCAUGGGUCCACGCGGUCUGCCAGGCGAGAGGGGACGAACCGGUGCUUCUGGAGCCGCAGGCGCUCGUGGAAAUGAUGGCUUGCCCGGUCCUGCUGGUCCACCUGGCCCUGUUGGUCCUGCUGGAGCUCCAGGUUUCCCAGGAUCUCCAGGAGCCAAGGGUGAAGCUGGUCCUACUGGAGCCCGCGGAGCUGAAGGCCAACAGGGUCCCCGUGGAGAGGCCGGUACUCCAGGAUCUCCUGGACCUGCCGGAGCAUCGGGUAACCCCGGAACUGAUGGUAUUCCUGGAGCCAAAGGAUCUGCUGGUGGUCCUGGUAUUGCUGGUGCCCCUGGUUUCCCUGGCCCCCGAGGCCCCCCUGGACCACAGGGAGCAACAGGCCCCCUGGGACCCAAAGGACAAUCUGGUGACCCUGGUCUCCCUGGAUUCAAAGGUGAAGCAGGACCUAAGGGCGAACUUGGCCCCGCUGGUCCCCUAGGUGCACCUGGCCCAGCUGGUGAGGAAGGAAAGAGAGGUGCAAGAGGAGAGCCCGGAGCUGCCGGACCACUCGGACCUCCCGGAGAGAGAGGAGCUCCUGGGAACCGUGGUUUCCCUGGUCAAGAUGGUCUUGCUGGUGCUAAGGGUGCCCCAGGUGACCGUGGAGUUGCUGGUGCCGCUGGGCCUAAAGGUGCUAGCGGGGACCCCGGACGCACAGGAGAGUCUGGUCUUCCUGGAGCAAGAGGUCUUACUGGCCGUCCUGGAGAUACUGGUCCUCAGGGCAAAGUUGGACCUUCUGGCGCCGCUGGUGAGGAUGGUCGCCCCGGCCCCCCUGGUCCUCAGGGAGCCCGUGGACAGCCGGGAGUGAUGGGAUUCCCUGGACCAAAAGGAGCCAAUGGUGAGCCUGGGAAAUCUGGAGAGAAAGGUCUUAUUGGCCGUACUGGUCUGAGAGGCCUGCCCGGAAAAGAUGGUGAGACUGGAUCAGCCGGACCGCCAGGCCCCGCUGGACCCGCUGGGGAGAGAGGAGAGCAAGGUUCACCUGGACCUUCUGGCUUCCAGGGUCUGCCUGGACCAACUGGUUCCCCUGGGGAGGCUGGAAAACCUGGAGACCAGGGUGUUCCUGGAGAAGGUGGAGCUCCUGGUGCUGUUGGACCCAGAGGUGAACGGGGUUUCCCUGGAGAGAGGGGUGGCGCUGGUCCUCAGGGUCUGCAAGGACCACGCGGACUUCCCGGAACACCUGGAAGUGAUGGACCCAAGGGAGCCAUUGGACCUGCUGGAGCUGCAGGACCCCAGGGACCCCCUGGCCUGCAGGGUAUGCCCGGAGAGAGAGGAGCCGGUGGAAUCCCAGGAGCCAAAGGAGACAGAGGUGAUAAUGGAGCAAAGGGACCUGAAGGAGCUCCUGGAAAGGAUGGUUCUAGAGGUUUGACCGGUCCUAUUGGUCCUCCUGGACCUGCUGGACCAAAUGGUGCCAAGGGUGAGAAUGGACCUGCAGGACCUUCUGGUGCUCCUGGCGUUCGUGGUGCACCUGGUGACCGUGGUGAGGGAGGUCCUCCUGGGCCUGCUGGUUUUGCUGGACCUCCUGGUGCAGAUGGUCAGCCUGGAGUCAAGGGAGAGCUUGGUGAGAGCGGACAGAAGGGAGAGGCUGGUGCUUCAGGGCCUCAGGGACCAUCAGGAGCCCCCGGACCUGUGGGCCCAACUGGUGUUUCUGGUCCUAAAGGAGCACGUGGUGCUCAGGGAGCUCCUGGUGCCACUGGUUUCCCUGGUGCUGCUGGUAGAGUAGGCGCUCCUGGACCUAAUGGCAACCCUGGUUCCGUUGGACCUGCUGGACCCGCUGGUAAAGACGGACCAAAGGGUACCCGUGGUGAUGCAGGGGCCCCGGGAAGACAAGGAGAUGCUGGUCUUCGAGGACCUGCUGGUGCGCAAGGAGAAAAGGGAGAGCCCGGAGAAGAUGGACCCCCUGGUGCUGAUGGACCUUCAGGGCCUCAGGGUUUGGCUGGAUCUCGUGGUAUUGUUGGUUUGCCUGGCCAGCGUGGAGAGAGAGGCUUCCCUGGUCUUCCUGGACCUUCUGGUGAGCCUGGUAAACAAGGAUCUCCUGGCUCCGGUGGUGACCGUGGACCUCCUGGACCUGUAGGACCCCCUGGACUUACUGGACCUGCUGGAGAGACUGGAAGAGAGGGUACUCCUGGAUCAGAUGGUCCACCUGGUAGAGAUGGAUCUGUUGGAAUCAAGGGAGAGCGAGGUAACACUGGUCCUUCUGGUGCCCCUGGAGCUCCCGGUGCUCCUGGUGCCCCUGGCCCUGUUGGACCUCUUGGCAAGCAAGGAGAUAGAGGAGAAGCUGGUUCACAAGGACCUGCUGGACCUCCCGGACUCGCAGGCGCACGAGGAAUGGCUGGACCCCAAGGACCACGUGGAGAUAAGGGAGAGAGUGGUGAGUCUGGCGAGAGAGGACAGAAAGGUCACCGUGGCUUCACUGGUUUGCAGGGUCUUCCUGGACCUCCCGGUCCCGCUGGCGAUGCUGGCGCUUCUGGACCCGCAGGACCAAACGGAGCUAAGGGACCACCUGGACCAACUGGACCCGCUGGCAAAGAUGGAUCUAACGGACAGCCUGGCCCCAUUGGACCACCUGGACCUCGUGGACGCUCUGGAGAGGGCGGCCCAGCCGGUCCUCCUGGAAACGCUGGACCCCCUGGUCCUCCUGGGCCCCCAGGCCCUGGCAUUGACAUGUCUGCCUUCGCUGGUUUGGGUCAGACUGAAAAGUCUCCCGAUCCACUGAGAUACAUGAGGGCUGAUGAGGCCUCCAGUUCCCUGAGACAGCACGAUGUUGAGGUUGAUUCCACACUCAAGUCGCUCAACAACCAGAUUGAGAACCUGCGCAGCCCCGAUGGCUCCCAGAAGAACCCCGCUCGCUCUUGCAGAGACCUCAAACUAUGCCACCCUGAAUGGAAGAGCGGUGACUACUGGGUUGACCCCAACAUUGGAAGCAUAGCUGAUGCCAUCAAGGUCUUUUGCAACAUGGAGACUGGCGAGACCUGCGUCUACCCAACUAUUGCCAAGAUACCAAAGAAGUCCUGGUGGACCAGCAAGAGCAAUGAUCGCAAGCACAUCUGGUUUGGAGAGACCAUGAAUGGAGGAUUCCACUUCAGCUACGCCCAGGAUGGCCCUGCUGCCAACGCCGCCAGUGUUCAACUGACCUUCUUGAGGCUUCUUUCCAAUGAGGCUUCCCAGAACCUCACGUACCACUGCAAGAACAGCAUCGCCUACAUGGAUCAGGCCACAGGCAACCUGAAGAAGGCUUUGCUGCUGCAGGGCUCCAACGAUGUGGAGGUCCGCGCAGAAGGCAACAGCCGUUUCACAUACAGCGUGUUGGAAGAUGGCUGCAAGAAACACACAGGCCGGUGGGGCAAAACUGUCUUUGAGUACAAAACACAGAAAACCUCCCGUCUGCCUAUCGUGGACAUUGCUCCUAUGGAUAUCGGAGGAGCGGAUCAGGAGUUUGGCGUGGAUGUAGGCCCAGUCUGCUUCUUGUAAAGUGGAAUAUCACAGUGACCCCAACCCCCCAGAAUAACAGGAACGAAGUAAACUCAACCAUGAAACACUACACACAAUUCCACAAUAAAGAAGACUGGAAUUCGAAAAGAAAAUUGAUCUCACAACAAAGUGCUCUCCAAGUUGGAUGCUAGCACUGAAGGGCAUCGGCAAUAAGUGUACAUCUUUGUCAACACGCUUCCUGAGAUCCAGUCAUGUUUCCAGUCAUGGCCCACUGUUGACGGGUAUGAGUCCGGAGGAAGAGGGACUGAGCAAAAGUUGUGGAGAACUGAAACAUGACUUGAUGUCACUUAUUUAUUGUCUCACUUGAACGGGCAGAGAUGAGGUAGGACUGGAGGGGUUUCACUUUGUAAGUACGACAAGCCCCUUUCCACUACAGAACAGCCGCACAACCUCUGUCCCAGUCCUACUCCACCUCCCUCCCUGUUCCCUCCUGUCACACUAAUAUGGCAUUUUGAAUCCGUGUAGACCAAUAAAAUAUUCUGAAAAUAUUCCAGGUACUCCACGCCUGUCCAUCGUGAGCAGGAGCAAAACCUUUACUGUGUAUUAUAAAGCCUUGGUUCUAUUGUUGUAAAGGUCUGUGUUUAUAAGCAACCAGAUGGUUUGAUGUGUAUUUCCACAUUAUGUGUGUACAUGUGUUUAUAUGCACACUAACACUUUUUGGAGAGUGAGGUCACAUUUGGGGUGUAUGUUCCAAAGUCUUGUACCCCUUCACAGCCCAUUACUCUAGUGCAAAAUUUGCUCUGCAAAAAUCCGAAGCAAUUUCGCCAUUUCUUGUAGUCACCCAGAUGGUUUGAAGCUACCUCACGCUGAAAAACAAAAAUGUAGAGAUGACUACAAACACAUCUCAAAUCCAAACGCCUGCCUUUGCUUCAGGUGGCUCUCUCUUCAGAAGGUGCUAUGAGUUCUGUAAUAGUCGGUAGCAAAUGCUUCUCUACCCCAGCCCGAUUUCCCACUAGCCUCACACCACGCUCACACAACCCCCCCCCCCCUUCCCUGCAGAAAGUGGGGGCCGUCGGGUAAGACAGGUGGCGACCGGGGACACUUCGAGACCUCUGCUGAAGUCCACACACACCAAAGCUGAACCAAGUGGCUCAAUAACAACCAGGGUGGGACGCCUCUGUGUGCGUGAGGGUGUGUACAUUUUUUAAAUUAAUUUUAUUAUGAUCCGUUUUGUUUUUAUUUUGUUACACUUCUCAUUGAUGUAAAUUGGAAAUAAAAGGAAAACAGAAUGAAGAAGUUGAUUUUUGCUUUGAGUUUUCAAUAAAAAUAUCACAGGCGUGGGAAA